CGAAUAAAUUAGGUUUGAUUGAUGUCGAAGUUUAAAUGUUCCGCCUAUUAUCAGAUAUAAAUAAAUAAUUAAAUACGGUGUAAAAUAAAAGAUGAGAAACGCCUUUCGUGUUACGAAUUACGCACACAUAAGAUGUGCUAUCGGCACUCACUGCACAUGCAAGCCAUUGCGGCUUUCCCAUAAAAGAAGUUGCAUCCAGUAUGUGACAACUCGAAUAAUUUGCUGUGCGAUGUUCGAGAUGACACGAGCCUCGCGGCGAGUAGUAUUAAAGUCGCCAUGAUUAUCGCGCUCGUUUUACGAGCACGUGACGUCACACUGAUGAUGCUCGUUUUAACGAUUAAAACGGUCCACGCAAUAUUGUUUCGUUAGUAUUCCCGCACGCGUUCUAGCUAACGCGAAAUUAGAAAAGUCCGUUCCAUGAGAAAAAAGAAAUAUUCGAAAGGUGCUUCGUGUAUCGGAAUAAAAAGUUAAAAAAAGAAAUGAAAUCAAUUUUAAUAACCGGUAGCAAUCGUGGCCUGGGUCUUGGAUUAGUGAAGCAUCUCGUACAAUUACCCAAACCACCAGAAAAUAUUUUUGCAACUUGUCGAGACUUAAACAAAGCGACGGAACUGAAAGAACUUGCUGAGAAAUCAAGAAACAUUCAUAUCAUUGAAAUAGACUUAACUGACACAAGCAAUUAUCAAAAAAUAGUAAAUACCGUUAAAGAAAAAGUAGGAUCUGCAGGACUCAAUGUUCUUUUUAAUAAUGCUGGAAUUUCACAAAAAUUUACAAGACUUGGUAUGGUUAAGAAGGAAAAUCUGACAAAUACUUUUCUUAUUAAUACAGUAGCUCCAAUUAUGUUGACAAAGACACUUCUACCAUUAAUAAAGAUUGCUGCUAAAAACAAUGACAUUGAAAAAGGUAUGAAUAUAAACAGAGCUGCUAUUAUCAAUAUGACUUCAAUACUUGGCAGUAUUACACAAAAUGAUCAAGGAGGUUUUUACUCGUAUAGAUGUAGUAAGGCAGCUCUUAAUGCUGCAACAAAAUCUAUGAGUAUAGAUUUGAAAGAUGAUGGGAUUUUAGUUGUUUGUUUACAUCCUGGAUGGGUGCGCACCGAUAUGGGAGGAAAUAAUGCACCCUUGGAUAUUGAUACCAGUGUUUCCAGCAUUUUAAAUGUUAUGGAAACACUUUCUGAGAAACAUACUGGUUCUUUUCUUCAAUACAACGGUACGACUUUACCAUGGUAAUUUUUUGCUGAAAAAUAUGCUAGUAAUCGUAAUAUUAAAUCGUCCGAUUUUGGAAGUACAACUUAACAUAAAUUAAAAAUAAAAUCCACUGUUAAAUUAUAUUAAGAAUCCACUGUUAAGAAUAAAAAAAAAAAAAUAUAUA